CCUAGCGUCAACAAAUAAUCUAAACGCAGUUCCAUGUCAGUUAGCAGGUUGUUCUGAACGUUACAGUGAUGUGUUGGUUUUAUCGCGUAAAAUCCGACCAAUUUCGGCGAAAAAUCUAAUAAAAAUAACCUAAAAAACAUUUAAAUUGAAACACGUUUUUAAUUCAUUGUGAAAGUUCUCCAACAAAAUUUGGAUUAGUUUUCUUUUUUUUUUGGCUCAGAAAAAGGUCAAAAGUAGAUCAGACUGCGACAAUGUCGCACCACAGCGAUGAUAACAUGUUAAUAGCUACGAGCGAUUCAUUUUGGGAGCCGGGAAAUUAUAAAAGAACGACUAAACGGAUUGAAGACGGAUAUAGACUGAGUAACGAUUUGAUUACAUUAAUUCAAGAACGGGCAGAAAUAGAAAAGAAUUAUGCGAAAAGUUUGAAGGCGUGGAGUAAGAAAUGGAACGAUAUUAUUGAAAAAGGACCUGAAUACGGAACUACAGAGGCAGCUUGGAAAGGAAUUUUGGGAGAAGCCGAUCGGCGAUAUGAUGUUCAUACGAAAAUAAGGGACAAUUUGAUUAAUGAUGUUACAAGUAAAAUUAAAUUAUGGCAAAAGGAUAAUUAUCAUAAGAGUAUGAUGCAAAUUAAGGAACGAAAAGAUAUGGAAGAUUCGUUUAAAAAGGCUCAAAAACCAUGGGUGAAAUAUCUACAGAAAGUAGAUAAAGCUAAAAGCGAUUAUCACACCGCUUGUAAAACCGAAAAGUCCGCGACGAAUCAAGAAAGGAAUGCAACUGGAGAUAGCUCAAUAUCUCAAGAUCAGGUGAAAAAAAUGGCAGAUAGAGUACAAAAGACAAAGGAAGAAGUGCAAAAGAAUCGCGACAAAUACAAUCAAGCCCUUCAAGAAAUCAACAGCUAUAAUCCCAAGUACAUGGAAGAUAUGACGGUUGUAUUCGAUAAGUGCCAAGAAAUCGAAGCUCAGAGACUGUCCUUUAUUAAGGAAACUUUAUUCGACAUUCAUAAGCAUUUAAAUAUUUCACAGGAUCCAGUGUUGCCACAAAUUUACGAAGAACUUUACCACACCAUUAACAAUGCUGAUCAUGAAAAAGACUUGAAAUGGUGGAGUAAUAACCACGGGGUGAAUAUGGCAAUGAAUUGGCCACAAUUUGAGGAGUACACAGAGGAAUUCAGAGACAUUGCAAAGGGCAAAUCAAAGGAUUCUGGAACGGCUGGAAUCAUGCUGAUCAAUCAAAGACCAGUAGGAGAAGAAUUGCAUGAUUAUUCCGUGAAUAAUAAAGCAUCAGUUAAAACGAAAUCAACCACAAAACUAAAUACAGAUGUUUCACAAAAAUCCAGCGAAACGAAAACUUCACCAAAAGUUGAAAGUCCAACAAAUCAAGCUUCAAUGAUAACAAAUGGUUCUAACGCAAAAGAAGCCAAUCCUUUUGAAGAAGAAGAUUGGGAAGAAAGUGACGCUUUGGUUGAUAAUGGUGAGCCAGGUGUCCCUGUUAAAGCUCUUUACGAUUACGAAGGGGCGGAAAAUGAUGAAUUAAGCUUCAAACAAGGUGAUGUUUUUGAAAAAUUAGAAGAUGAAGACGAACAAGGUUGGUGUAAAGGACGCAAAGAAGGUCGUGUAGGUCUUUAUCCAGCAAAUUAUGUUGAAGAAGUUAAUCAUUGAUUUUAAUUAUUAAUAAAAAGUUUUAAAAAUAAAAAGGAGCUUUGCUCAAAAUUUAAAAACAAUAUGGAGAGGAAAUGAAACGAAAUAUUUAGAAAAACGAAAAAAUUAAAAAAGGUUUCUUUUAUUUUAGAGUAUUGUACAAAUGUAUUAAGUAGGUAUAAGGAACACCAAGAUAAUUUAUGAAAUAUACCCAUUAAUAUUGGUUAUAAAAUUGAAAAAGUAGAAGGAAAUAGGCCUAUUAUAUGUUUUAGAACAUGAUAUGUAUGUAUAUAAAUAAACACAUACGAGAAAUAGUGGAAUAAAAAACCAAUAACAUUUAAAAAACAUACAAGUUAACGUUGAUAUAUGUGUAAAUUAUUUAUAAUAGGAGUACUACUUUGAUUAAAUAUUUGUUUCUGUACAUAAAUGAAGAAAUUUCAGUUAUUUUAAAACUCGACUUUAAUUUAAUCCUUAUUCUAAUACAAUUAUAAUAAAUUAAUAUCUAUA